UCUAUUCUAUGCGAAUUGGCAACGCUAUAGUUUAUUUUAAAAUUUGCUUCUUAAAGGGCUUUCGAAAACGGUUACUUCAUUACACGACAAGCAUUUGGUACAUGCACUCUGCAGUUACUUUAUCAUAUAUAUCUGACAAUGGCUCAGUUCUCCAUUGAAAACAGAUUGCGAGCCAUCACUAUGAAUAUUAGUGAAGUAAAUUUGAUGUCUAGUAAGAAAGAAAAUCAAAUUUCCAAAAAUGACCAGUCAACCAAAUUGGGAAAAUCCCUCUGUAAUGGCAGUAUUAACAUGAGUUUGAACUGUUCCACAAACUCACAAAGUGUAGCUACAAAAACCCCUAGACGAACAGAUACUUCAUUCAACAAUAAAACCCCUAAAAUGACACAAGGACCUACCCUUGGAAAGCCUAAUAGUUGGAAGAGCCCAGGAGUGGGUGGUGUUGUUCGUAAGACACAAAACAUACUUGGUGACAGAAUGGUGCCUUCUAGAAGCACCACUGACUUUGAGGCUGCUCACCACAAAUUGACUUCAGAAGAUUCUUCUGGUGACCGUGUUCUUUCCUACCAAACUGCUCAAAUUCCAAAGCCACAGGAGGCUUACAUUAAUCAUCAAAAAGCACUAUAUUCGGCAUCCUCAUCUACGCAGAAGAAACCUAGUACCAGGUUCAUCCCAAACACUGCUGAUCGUGUUCUUGAUGCUCCUGCGAUGAUGAAUGAUUACUAUCUCAACCUCUUGGACUGGUCCCAGACAAAUUUUAUAAGCGUCGCAUUAGAUAAACAGGUCUACCUUUGGAAUGCCGCUUCAGGCGAUAUUCAGGAAUUGAUGGAGUGUGAAGGCGAUGACAAUUAUGUAUCCUCAGUCCAAUUCACUCAGGAUGGGAGCUAUUUGGCGAUCGGUCUCAACACUGGCUGCGUUGAACUGUGGGAUAUCCAGCAACAAAGAAGGUUACGCACAAUGGCCGGCCAUGCUGCACGUAUUGGCGUCCUAGCAUGGAAUGAACAUGUUCUUUCUAGCGGCUCGCGAAGUGGUCUAAUCUUCCACCAUGACGUACGAAUCCCACAGCAUUUAGUUGCUUCCUUAGAAGGUCACACGCAAGAGGUCUGUUCACUAAAAUGGUCCGGCGACCACAGAUUCCUUGCGAGCGGUGGCAAUGACAACCUCGUCCAUGUCUGGGAGGGUACCAGUGGUCAAAUUACACGAAACACCCCUCUUCACGUAUUUAAUCAGCACCAAGCGGCAGUUAAAGGAAUGGCAUGGUGUCCCUGGCAAAAUAGAUUGCUAGCUACUGGCGGUGGUACCAACGAUCGCUCCAUCAAGUUCUGGAACAUGAACGUUGGAGACUGCGUAGACACCAUUGACACCAAAAGCCAGGUUUCGGGUAUCUUCUGGAACUCCGAAUAUCAGGAAAUAAUCUCAUCUCACGGUUUUCCGAACCACACUUUGCAAAUUUGGAAGUAUCCGACAAAGGCAAAGGUUGCAGAACUGACCGGCCACGACGAACGCAUUUUGCACUUGGCCAUGUCACCUGGUGAAACGGCUGUGAUGAGCGCCGGAGCUGAUGAAACACUUCGGUUGUGGAACUGUUUUCAAAGUGACCCAAACAAAAAGAAAGGAACAACUGGCCGCAGGAAUGAGCCGCGGUCUGCACUUGACGCCAUGUCCAAUUUCCGCUGACUUUAUCAAACGACGCUUUUAUUACGCGCAUUCCUCAUCCGCAUGCUAGGAUUUUUAACCCCGUAUCUACGAUCUAAUAUAUCAUUAGACGAGAAUCUUUGACAGUUUUCCUGCCAAAUGAAUCAAAUUUGCCUUUUAACGCUCAAUUUUUAUAGUUUUUAGUGUUUUUAUGAUAAUAUUUUGCCAUAAUUUGUAUUUUUAUAACCACUUGAACAGAGUUUGAAUUUGAAAGAAUACACAUCAAAUUCCUUCCUAAAAAUUAA